AUGCUACCUUCCAGGGCGUUCAUUACGCAGGCGGUCUGCGCCCACAAGUCGAUCAAGCAAUCCCUUGAACUUGCCUUUCAGGCGAUUUUCGCGGGGGCGACUGGAAUCAGACAUGGCGGUUUGAAAGAGAAUGUUGAUGCUGUGCGGCGUCAACGUUCAAAAUGGGUACCAGACCGUUUCACAGAGUCAGCUGACCUGAUUCAUCAGUGCUCCUUUCAAGCCCGUGACGAUGCUGUUACUGGAGGAUGGUGGGAGCCUUCACUUAGAGCUCGGAGGAACGGCCUUCAAAAUGGGACACUGGCGAGGUUUUGCAUCAACUCAAAAGUGUCCUAUGCACCUCAUGAUCCUCAGUCAACGAAUCAUCGCCUCCGUGGUAAUCCUAGACAACAACCUAAAGCCUUCCUAGUUGGUGGUCACGUUGACUUGCGAGCGAGCGGAUUCCUCAAUCGUGGGAUCCAAGCUCAAUUAACCGAAUGCACCGAUGUACGUGGCGUAUUCAAGCUCCUCUACGUCGAACUUAUUUGCGACCACGUUCUGAGUGCAUCAAGAACUAAUAUCAAAAUUGUUUUGUCCUCCCUUGCAUCCGCCGACUCCAUCAGAGGGCUUACCAAGUCUUGGAGAUGUAACAACGACGGACGAGCCUUUGGCGACGUCGACGGUCGAAAGACUCCCGUUGUUUGGAUGCGUGACCCUCAUUCAGUUUGUCAUGGAUCUGUCGAAGCUGGAUGGUGGUGGCGUAGUGAAAGAUCUGGGAGGCGAAAUGUGGGGGAAGAAAGUUUUGGGAGAUUCAAUGGAGUAGGCGAGUCCCAAGUCAACAUAUCAUGGACUGAGCAAAAGGAUACCGACAAAGUCGUGCGCCUUUUCGAGGCCAGAUGGGCCAGUAAACAACGAAGGAAUUCAAUAACUUGUGAACCAUCCAAGCUGGGCCACUGGAUUUCAACCGGAAUACGCAAAGUUGCAGAAGGCUUGAAGCCUAAAGGCCUCCCUGGCACCUGCGAUCUCCCAAGCGUGUACCGUAACAAUACGAAUGUUUUCUUGAAGCUGAAGAAAUUUUCAGUAACGAAGCGAUCGGUCACUGUGACUCCGCUUUCAAACGCCAUUCUCAGCAAUGAAAAAGAGUCUGGUGCUCUCCGCGAUAUCAAUAUCGUCCUUCACGAACCUCUCAUUCGACUUUUCCAUCUCUGGCAAGCACCCUUUUGGUGGAUGUCUUGGGUCGGAUUAUGUGACGAAAUCAUGCGCAUUUCUGCCGGGAAGCCGCUCGAGUUGAAGGUGUCUUCGGAGGGCUUUCAGUCCCCAGACGUUGGAGACGGCGCAGUGUACAGGCGCAUCGAGGAGACGACAGCAUCCCUUUCAGACUUUGUGUUCACUUUUAGAACCAUACUUGUUGGUCUAGUGGGCUCGCUCCAUUCCCCCGCGACCAACACACAUGCCUCACAAAGAUACUCCCAACCCAUCCCAACCCAGUACACCAAACCCACCCAACCGGAGGGAGGCGCGACGCGCCCCCAACGGACAGCUCGACAAACCCGACCACAGACCCCAUCCGGCACGACCGCCUCCUUCCUGGAGAACGCGGUCGGAAGGGUAGGUAGAAUGGCGCAAUCAGUCACCCACACGUCCCCGGCGAAAAUCAAGAGCGUACUAAUAGGAAACAAGAAAAGGGCGCUGGACGCAGAACGCGCGACCACCCCAACCCCGCAGUCCUACAACGACGUAGACAUGACCAUGGGAGACCAGAACGACCCAAACCGGCGCGUCCCAUGGGACGAAGACAUCGAGUCAUCCGGAGACGAAAAUGACCAAAGGGGAAUCGACCAAGAAUCCAUACAGGCCGACAGAUUCAGCCACCUCGCAGAUCGCUCGAUGAGCAGGGACGAGAAGUUAGAUCACCUAUACAACUCCCUCUUAGACGCCGGGUUCUUCGUACAGGCAUUGGAGAGUGGGGGAGAAAUGGAUAUUGCAAGGACUGACCAAAAAAUCACAGGAUGCAUGACGGGCCUAUCAAACGCGCUCCUCAACCAGCCAUACAGAGUCAUCAUGGAACAGCAAGCAGGCCUCGCGAAGGCAAUCCACGAGAUCAGCAAGAACAUGACGACGACCAUGGAGAACAUGGCGACGAUCAUGGAGAAUGUUCAGAACAACGGAGAAAAGAUUGAACACAUGAAGAAUGAGACAGCCAACAGCCUAACAGCAACCUCAGACCGGCUCAAAGCCUUGGAAUCCCUGGCCACCGACACUCAGUCACGAAUCGCAAACCUGGAAAACCGAGGUGCUGGACCCCAAACACGAAACACGGAACCCACCUCAAACCCAAGCCACACAACAAGCCACGCCACUGGCCCGACGUUCAAACCCAAAGGGAAAACUGAGGGAAACCCGGGACCAACCAAGAAGAGCACCAACCCAGCAUCGGCCCAUCACCCAAGCCGAGCGGUCAUCCGUUUCCUGCCUGACGGGAUUAGGGACGAAGACCGCCUAGACCCAAUGGUAAUAGUCAAUACAAUCAACAACGCCCUCGCCAACGCACCCUCCCUCAAGGCCAAGCACAUCAGAGCUGUAACUGCAACCUACAAUAACCAAGGUAACCUCAUCGUCUCAACGCGUGCUGACCAACGCGCCGCAGAUCUGCUCCAAUACGCAGAGCUCUUCAUUCCGCUAAUCGACCAAGGAUACAACACAAGUGUCAUAGAAGACAAAAAAUGGUUUAAGAUUCAAAUCGACGGCGUCAACACCCACACCAUGACCAGUCUUGGGCCCAGGUCCAUCCUCACCGCGGAAACAGUACACGAAGAACUCCUGGCAUGCAACCUCGCCUACGCCCAAGCCAGUGACUCUAUAGUUGCGCCCCCGCGACAAUUCUUCCCAGAGAAAACCACAAACUGCGAAUGCGGAGUGGACCCACAGACGCGCGAGCACAUUAUAAGAGACUGCGAACGGUACGAGGACCAACGGGCCAAGCUACGUGAUCACGACCGUGAACUGGCACUCCCAGAACUACUGGGAACCCCCAAAGGCAUCACGGCCCUAUCCAUCUUCAUAAGAGACUCCGGCGCGUUCACAUUCACGGGAGAAAAGCACAUGCCAAAAGAAACCCCAUCCUUCCAGGACGAACCAGAACCCCCAGACGAGGACUCAGAAGACGAUGAGUCCGACGCUGAACCAUAA